AAACGUUGCCCCGGCGCCAAACUGAACGCAUUGUCCCAUCGCUUUUGGAGCUGCGUGGAGCUCUCCAUCUAGUGAUCCGAUUUCUAUAACCCAAACAAGAGUACCGUUAAACUAUCCGCUGUGUAACGUUCACGUGCUACAUAUUCAAUCAGGUCCGGAAGGCAGGAAGAGCAAUAAAUUUGCGAAAUCGACAACAGAUCGUAAAGAUCAACAACAAGCAGUAGAUCACUAAAGGGCCAAAGCAAACCAAACAACAUAACUGUACUUUACUAAGCACUCCAGCUUGGCAAAGACAAAAAGCAGUUAACGAACCGGACCAAAACACCCGAACCAAAGUCUCAUUGAAUUUUCUUUUUUUUUGCUACGCGCACAAAAACCAAACAAAAACUUGAACUAUAGAAUGGUAGAAGGUGAUUCUGCAAAAAGUAAAAGCGAAUCCUAUAAUGUAGAAGCUGGCCUACAACCAAACUACAAUCAGAAUAACGCAGCCUCCGCAGCUGCCGCUGGCAACGCAGCAAGCAAUCCCAAUAAUUCAACAAGCCUAACCGGUUCGAAUACGAAUUCAAAUUCGGCAACGCAUAUUGAUAAUCGGGCGAUAAUCCAACCGUAUUCACUGGGCACGGGCGUUAAACAGCCGGAGUAUCAGUUUGCGGCGGACAAUCGCGGCUACGAGCCGGAAACAAAUAUCAACAAUGGCAAGCAGCAGGACGUAGAAAGAAUUGGAGGCGGUGCCGAUGCCGGUGCCGACAGUUGCGAUGAGGCGGCCGAUAAACAUCAUAAGAGUCGUCGAAGUAAGACACCGUUACCGCCACCGACCCGUCCCAUAGUCGCUAACUUCGAGCGGGCCAUCGAGCUAUGCGACUAUGGCAAAUUCCAUUAUAUACUGUUGGCCAUUUGUGGCCUGGUCAGUACAUCGGAGGAAAUGGAUGUUAUAUCAAUGUCAUUCAUAUUGCCAUCGGCACAAUGUGAUCUGGAUUUGAAUACCGAAACGAAAGGAUGGCUCAACUCGAUCAUAUUCAUUGGCAUGAUGGCUGGCGCCUAUUUCUGGGGCAGCAUUGCCGACAGUUUUGGACGCAAAAAGAUCCUCAUUGUCAUCUCGUUCAUGAACGCCUUCUGCAUUGUUGCCUCAUCGUUUUCGCAAACUUAUGGCUACUUUAUGUUUUUCCGUUUCUUGAACGGUGCAGCGCUCGGCGGCAGUGGUCCUGUCAUCUGGUCGUAUUUCGCCGAAUUCCAACCGAAAGCGAAACGCGGUUCUAUGCUUAGCUUCAUGGCUGCCUUCUGGACCUUUGGUAAUCUGUUUGUGGCCGGUUUGGCCUGGCUGAUCAUUCCCACGAAAAUUGGUGUAACAUCGACAUAUUUCACAUAUAACUCGUGGCGUAUCUUUCUGCUGGUCUGCUCGAUCCCAUCAUUUCUGGUUGGCUUUCUGCUCUUCUAUUUGCCCGAAUCACCGAAAUUUCUGUUGACACGCGGCAAGAAGGAUAAAGCCUUGGCCAUCUUUCGCGGCAUCUUUGUGACAAACACGAAAAAGAAGCCCGAGGAAUAUAUGGUCUAUGACCUGGAGGUGGAUGAGAAACUUAACACUGAGAGCUCCCAAGGGAUCAAGGGCAAAUAUCAUCGCAUGAUCACUGGGAUGGUGGACCACAGUCGCGAUUUAUUCAAAUCGCCAAUCUUAAGAUUCACACUUGUCUCGAUCACCAUCAACUUUACAUUCCACAUUGGCUAUUAUGGUCUGAUGAUGUGGUUCCCGGAGGUGUUCAAUCGCUAUGAGGAGUUCGAGAAGACGCAUCCACAGCAGGAGGCUGAUAUCUGUACCGUUACCGAAUAUGUUGUCAAUCAGAGUCGUCUCGCUACAAAUAACGGUACCUGCAACUCAGAUAUACCCUCAUCGGUGUUCAUGGAAUCCUUAAUAACGCUCGCCUCCGCCCUGCCCGCCAAUUUGUUUGCCAUCCUCGGCAUGGAUAUGUUGGGACGCCGAUUCUUUUUAAUUGCCGGCACAAUGACAGCCGGAAUUUGUUCGGCCCUCAUGUAUUUGGUGCGCAGCUCGUUACAGAAUCUGUUGGUAUCGGCUGUAUUUAGUGGCGCCAUAUCGGCGGCAAAUGCGGCCCUUGACUGUCUCAUCACCGAAGUAUUCCCCACCAAGUUGCGGGCCACCGGUGUGGCCAUCUCGAUGGUGGCAGCCCGUCUUGGCGGCAUCAUUGGUAACAUUGUGAUUGCCCAGCUGUUGGAUCAUUUUUGUCCAGUGCCGACGUUCAUUGUAUCCGGACUGUUAAUUGGCGGCGGUCUUAUGUGCCUAUUGCUGCCCAAUACGACGCGAAAGGAGCUCAAUUAAUCAAACGAUAAAUAUAUCGAUAUCUGUCGAUAACAAUAGCUUAGCCCGAUCCCCUAUAAAACCAUACUACACAUAUAUAACUUAUGAAAUUAUAUCUUACCCCCACUCCCAACCCCCUUCUAUAAAACCACCCACUAUCUAUAUCUAAACUCCCGUUAAGUCUCCUCCUCCUCCUCCUGCAAUUGAAGAAGCACCCCCGCCAUGUUGGGGGGCGGGAAGUCGUAUUGUUUUUGUACGUAUGUAUUUACAUAUAUAUAUUAUCUGUAUAGUGUGCCUCUAACAUUAUACGCAUAACAUAUAACGAUUUUUUUUCGGAUCGUCAGUAAUUAUGAUUAAUGAUAACGAUAACAAUUUUUUGUGUAUAGAAUUUAAGUGCAGAGAAAAGUACAGUUUGUUUCUUUUUUAUAUUUUUAUUUUUUUGUUUUUGUCGCUUUAAAUGUGUCUAUCGGAAUUUAAAUGCCCAAAAGCCAGCGAGAAGAUAUAGAACCGAUAACCGAUAAACGUGACACUGCAAUAUACGUUACAUCUUGAUAAAGACAUGUGCGUAACUUGCAGUCGUUGUUGCGGAAAUAACCAGUUAAUAAUAAUUUUUUGGCAAGCGCCGGCGCCGGCUAAAUCAACAGCAGGAUAGCAGGUUUCUGGUUCGGCUGGAAUGGAUGAGAGAAAUAAGAUGAAGAAAAUUAAGAAGAAGAAGAAGAAAAAAGAAGAAGCGUAAGUGAAAGAAGAAGAGCAUUAGGAAGUGAAAAUAAUAUUGGAAGGAUCAAGCAGGGAUCAUCGUGUGAGCAGCAACGCCUGCUGGCAGUUAUUGUUGUUAUUAUUAUUAUUAUUACUAUUAUAAUAAUUAUUAUUGCUAUUAUUAAUGCAUGUUACAUAAUACACAUACAUAUACAUACAUAUAUAUAAAUCAGAAGCAAACCCAAUGUUUUUAUGUAACAAUAUACAUUACUAUUAUUAUUAUUAUUAUUGUUUUUUUUUUUGUUUUUUCGUCGUAUCGUUUUUAGGGCAGAGCACAGGAAGAAUAAAAUAUUUGUAAAUUUUAGUUUACAUAUGUUUAUAAAUGAAAAAGUUAUUCUAUUACAUAAACCAAUGAAAGCAUAUAAGCAAAAUCCCCAAAUACAAAAUAAACAUCAUU